AUGUAUCAAUCCCUCCGUCUAACUCGCCCAACCCUCCGAGCAACAAGAUCACUAUCCAAAUUUCCCCUCCAGACCCGACAAUUCCACCCUACGAGAUCAGCCCCAUUUAUCGCCGAAGCUCUGGACUCUUCCUGGCUCGUCCAUGGCGUCCACAAUUUGACCGGCCUUUCCUGGGUCUACUCUAUUCCGCUAACCGCUCUCUUCGUCCGAACCUUCAUCGGCAUGCCUCUACAGAUAUUCUCCAGACUGCAAGCUCGCCGCGAACAGGCCGCCAUGCCCGUUGUUGCCAGCUGGCGCCAGCUGUUCCAGUCGAGAGCCCGUGCACUAGAUGCAAGACAACAGAACCCGCCCACGCUCGCAUCAGACAAAGCAAACAUAAACAUAGCGUUGAUGCGCCGGCGCAAGGAGAUCCUCCGCCGUCUCGGGGUCUGGCGCUUUUGGCGAGGGCUACCCUUACUUCAGCUUCCCGUCUGGCUCUCGGUGAUGGAGACCAUCCGCGCGAUGUCCGGCUUGGAGAGCGGACUCCUCGCGUGGCUGCUCUCGUGGGCCGGCUCCACCGCCGAGCGCGUCCCUGCCGAACCAACGCUCGCGCUCGAAGGCGCGCUCUGGUUCCCCGAUCUUCUGGCUGGGGACGCCACGGGCGUGCUGCCGGCAGCCCUCACCGCGUCCAUCCUCCUGAACAUCCAUUGCGGGUGGCCGGUGCCCCGACUGCGAGAAUUGGCGGACCUGCCGCGAUUGGAACUGGCGAAGCAGCUGUCGUGGCGCGGACUCCGGCUCUUCGUCCAGAUCAUGACGCUGAACGUCGGCCUUUCGACCUAUUAUACGGAGGCGCCGGUGGCCUUGUUGCUGUAUUGGCUCACGAGUAGCAGUUUUGCUACGCUGCAGAACUUGACUCUGGACAAGAUGAUGAAGCCACAUGGCGGAAAGAAGAAUGCCAUGACGGAGUCGAUGCGUCCACUUCCGCUGUAUAAAACUCCGGUGAGGCCGGUGAAGGGGGGCAAGAAGCAGACUGAGGUUCUGGGAUGA